AUGCAAGCUCACGAAGAAGCCCUAGCCUUACUUACGAGCGCGCCUCAAAAGACAUCCAGUGUAUCAAUGGAGACUCUCUCGAGUAUCUAUGGCGCACCGGAGGGAUGUAGUCUAUUACGUGAGUCUGUUGAUACUAUCCAGCGCAAAACAAUUCUGGAGGAGCUCUCCGAGAUCUUGCAUCUGCGUGGUCGUUUGCAGCAGAUGGGCGCUACGUUCUCCGACAAGGGAGAGAUGCUGACCUAUGGGAACCCAUUUUCACCCAAAGAGUUUGAAGCCAUGAUACGUCUCGGUCCAUUAUACGAUGAUCAGUGGAAGUCUUUCUUCAUUGAGACCUACGAACCGUCUGACAGUGGAGGUAAGAAUGCGCAACUGUGGGCCGGUUUACGUACUUUGAAAAGACUUCUUCAGAAUGAGGGCGUAGUGUUCGGCCGACAGCACCAGCGGUAUUCUUUUGGCGAUUCAAGCACGAGACUACGAAGGUUGUGUUGCGCGUAUGAUGAGUUACGGAAUGCAUGGCUAUUAAUGCUACGAACAAGCCCUCCAGCACGAAAUGACGUACAGCUAUCGACCCUUCUUGGAGAGGAGUCGUCGAGCGAGAGCGACUCAGGAUUCAGCAACGAUGAUGGCCAAAGGUUGACCGGAACAGUAAUUCUUGAUACGGAAGCACCCCGAGAUAUCACCAGUCGACCUGUGAUUCGGCAUCACCGCAGCAGUAGCGUCCCACACAACAUUGGUUGGCGUUUCAGUGACGAUUCCAUACCGAGAUCUCGUAAGGAUGCCGCCUGGACAUUUAGUGACGACUUGAGCUUGGUACCAGAAUGGAGCGAUGUUGAACAGGCCAACGCUCAGGGCCUGCAAGAUGCGUCGUCUGUGCCGAUAUCCAGGAACUGUAGUCCCAAGCGAAUCAACGCCUUACAUGGAGAUGCCAGACCAGGUACAGCUCCAUCAUUCUUUCCCACCAAUUCGUUACUACAAGGCGCAUCGCCAUUACAAGUAAGCCACACAGCUUCUCAUCUUACCCAAUCGCGCGCGAUACCGCCGCCGAAAAACAUGAACGCACAGAGCUGGUCAAUUCCUGGCGAUAUCGUGUCGAGCUCAGUGCGAGAGGAGGUGAUGUCUGGAGAUGUAGCGAAGGCAAUUCCAGUACAAGAGGCCGCCAAAGAGGACAGAAAGCAUAAGACAUGGAGUAGAGUACGCCGCUGGUUUCGAAAUCCUUUCAGCCGAAAGUAA